AUGUCGUACUGCUGCGUACCGCUGUGUAAGUCUGACGAGGAAAAGAAAACGCCGGGACUGUCUUUUCACGAGAUUCCUUCUGCCGCGAACGUACGAGAAAAGUGGCUGGCCGUUAUUCAAUGUGACAACUGGUCGCCCAAUUCAACAUCCUGCUACACGAAGGUAUGCAGCCGUCAUUUUCGCGCCGAGGACUUUGUGGAAGGAAAACGACGACGGUUUUUGAAAAAAGGUGUUGUUCCUUCAGUUUUUGAAGAUUACCCUGCGCACUUGCAACCAAAAUCAAGCGCCGAGCGAAGCAGAGCAAGCAUCGUAAAGCGAGCUUGUGUUCCUUUGAAACAGAAAAGUGAUCAUGCGACGAGUGCCGCUGCAUCUGUGGUGUUGCCACCUGCAGUACCGACACCACAAAACCACGAACUUGAGGAACCAGAGCCCAUAGAUAUCACCGAUGCUUUCAGCGAUACCAACCAAUGCAGUAACUUUCCGCCCGAGACUCCUCCAGCAUGUGACCAAGGUGUUCAGCUGGACAGUAGACAAGCGGUGGCGAGCUUGCUGGCCACGGAGAAAGCCAAAUGGAAAAGAAAAGAAAGGAACCUCAGGAACCAAGUGUCAAGACUGCAAAGGACAGUUGACAAGUACAAAUUGGAGCUUGAGAAACUACAGCAAGAUUCCAUGGUAGCAGAUAUCUCCUAUAUCAAAGAAAAAGCCGUAGAACAACAGCCAGUGAACACCGACGAACAUAGAACUCAUCUGCGAACACAGACGUCCAGACACCGCCUUCACUGA